AUGAGGUUUGUAUUUGCAUUUCUGCUCUCGGUUGGAAGCACCGUAGCACAAGCUCCUCAGACCGAAGUGUUAGCCAAACACGGACUUGAUCAACUAUGGCUUGAUCUGGCCAAACACCCCGAUAGCUACACCAGGAACUGUACCUCAAGUACACUCGCUCGGCGCCGUGAAUGGUCUAAGCUGAAGCGUUCGGAGAAGCUGAACUACAUCGAAGCUGUUCACUGUAUGGGAAAGACAAAGGCGAGAACUCCAGCUGCUGUUGCCUCUGGAGCCACAAGUCGCUACGAUGACUUUGUGGUCACCCAUAUCCUGUUGACACAGUACACGCACGGAAACGUAUUCCUCAUCAAACCCUAA